CCCCCUCCCCUACACAUUCCUGACCUCUCCCUCCCCCUUCCCUCUUUCUUUCCUUCCUUCCUCCGCUUCCAAGUUCUGGGAUUUUGCAGCCUUGCCUGGCUUUGGCCAAAAGCACAAAAAAGGCGUUUUCGGAAGCGGCUCGGCCGUGCACAAGGGCCAUUUGUUUGUUUUGGGUCUCGGGGCAGGAAAUCUUGCCCGGCCUGAGUCACGGCGGCUCCUUCAAGGAAACGUCAGUGUUCUCCUGUCGCCCUCGCCCGCUGCGCGCCCGGCCGCCGCUGCCCAUGAGGGAGAUGCAGGGCGCGCUGACCAGGGCCCGGCUCGAGUCUCUGCUUCGGCCCCGCCACAAAAAGAGGGCCGAGGCGCAGAAACGCAGCGAGUCCUUCCUGCUGACUGGCCUGGCUUUCAUGAAACAGAGGAGGAUGGGCCUGAACGACUUUAUUCAGAAGAUUGCCAGUAACUCCUAUGCAUGCAAACACCCUGAAGUUCAGUCCAUUUUGAAAAUCUCCCAACCUCAGGAGCCUGAGCUUAUGAAUGCCAACCCUUCUCCUCCACCAAGCCCUUCUCAGCAAAUCAACCUUGGCCCAUCAUCCAAUCCUCACGCUAAACCAUCUGACUUUCACUUCUUGAAAGUGAUUGGAAAAGGCAGUUUUGGGAAGGUUCUUCUAGCAAGACACAAAGCAGAAGAAGUAUUCUAUGCAGUCAAAGUUUUACAGAAGAAAGCCAUCCUGAAAAAGAAGGAGGAGAAACAUAUUAUGUCGGAACGAAAUGUUCUGCUGAAGAAUGUGAAACACCCUUUCCUGGUGGGCCUCCACUUCUCUUUUCAGACUGCUGACAAAUUGUACUUUGUCCUUGACUACAUCAACGGUGGAGAGCUGUUCUACCAUCUCCAGAGGGAACGUUGCUUCCUGGAACCACGGGCUCGCUUCUAUGCUGCUGAAAUAGCCAGUGCCUUGGGUUACCUGCACUCUCUGAACAUCGUUUAUAGAGACUUAAAACCAGAGAAUAUUCUGCUGGAUUCACAGGGACACAUUGUCCUUACUGACUUUGGGCUCUGCAAGGAGAACAUCGAACACAACGGCACGACAUCCACCUUCUGUGGCACGCCCGAGUAUCUCGCACCCGAGGUGCUCCACAAGCAACCUUAUGACAGGACAGUGGACUGGUGGUGCCUGGGGGCCGUCUUAUAUGAGAUGCUAUAUGGCCUGCCUCCUUUCUAUAGCCGCAACACAGCUGAGAUGUACGACAACAUUCUCAACAAGCCCCUCCAGCUGAAGCCAAAUAUUACCAACUCUGCCAGACACCUCCUGGAGGGCCUCCUGCAAAAGGACAGGACAAAGAGGCUGGGCGCCAAGGACGACUUUAUGGAGAUUAAGAGUCAUGUCUUCUUCUCCCUAAUUAACUGGGAUGAUCUCAUUAACAAGAAGAUUACACCCCCUUUUAACCCAAAUGUGAGUGGACCUAGUGACCUGCGGCACUUCGAUCCUGAGUUCACCGAAGAGCCAGUCCCCAACUCCAUCGGCAGGUCUCCCGACAGCAUCCUUCUCACAGCCAGCGUUCAGGAGGCUGCCGAGGCCUUCCUGGGCUUCUCCUACGCCCCUCCCAUGGACUCCUUCCUCUGAACAGUCCUCGAGGUUGGUCUUGAAGGAUUUUAUGUGUGUCCGUAAGCGUUUUUAGUUAGCCUCGUGGCGGAGCUGCCGGCUGACAGGACAUCUUACAAGAGAAUUUGCACAUCUCUGGAAGCUUGCACAUCUUGGCAAUCUUAUUGCACACUGUUUGCUGGAAGCUUUUUGAAGAGCACACCCUCCUCUCAGUGAGCUCAUGAGGUUUUCAUUUUUAUUCUUCCUUCCAACAUGGUGCUAUCUCUGAGCAUUGCGUGCCGCCUUGGACAGAUGGCAGUAGUCUUAGUGGGUGACGCGGUUCUGAGAAGGGUUUUCGGAAGGGUCCGUCUGGGCCGUGAUAACGAAUCUUACGAAAUGUGCCUUUUCCGAUGAGAUCGUGUUAGCUCCAAAGCUUUUCCUUUUGCAGAGUGUUUCAGUACUUUAUUUUUCCUUGUGGAUUUCCUGUGUGAACAGUGGUAUGAGUGUGGUAUGCUUGAUCCCAGACGGAUUUCGUCCUAAGCCUCAAUGUGACACUUGCAGGACACUACAAUGUGGGACAUUGUUCGUUUCUUCCAUAUUUGGAAGAUAAAUUUACGUGUAGACCGUUUGUUUUUGUUUGUUUGUUUGUUUUGUAAGAUACAGUUAAUAACGAAAAUUUAUUGAAAAUGGUCUUGCAAUGACUUGUAUCCAGAUGCUUAAAGAAAGCAUUGCUGCUACAAAUAUUUCUAUUUUUAGAAAGGGUUUUUAAUGGACCAAUGCCCCAGUUGUCGGUCAAAGCCUGGUAUUUUUCAUUGUUUAAAAUGUCACCUGUAAAAUGGGCAUUAUUUAUGUUUUUCUUUCUUUCUUUCUUUUUUUUUUUUUUGCAUUCCUGAUAAUUGUAUGUAUUGUAUAAAGAAAGUCUGUACAUUGGGUUAUAACACUAGUAUAUUUAAACUUACAGGCUUAUUUGUAAUGUAAACCACCAUUUUAAUGUACUGUAAUUAACAUGGUUAUAAUAUGUACAAUUCCUCCCCCCACCACCACACAACUUUUUUUGUGUGUGAUAAACCAACUUUGGUUUGCAAUAAAACCUUGAAAAAUAUUUA